AUGCCGCCGAGCUGGCGUUCGACGCUGGCCGCGUUCGCGCUGCUGGCCGCCGCGGCGGGCGACGACCAGGUCUGCGUGACGGACACGGACCUCAUCCUCGUCGUGGACCGGUCCGUGUCCAUCACGAAGUACCACUGGAACUACAGCAUCCUCGACACGCUCUACUUCUUCAUCAACACCUUCGCCCCGUCGGUGGAGUCGAACGUGCGCCUCGGCAUCGUCGUCUUCCCGGCCUUCGACGGCAAGGAGACGCACGACGACCUCAGCGGCGGCGCGGCCGUCGCCGCAAAUUUGACGUACGACGCGGAUUCGCUGAGGCAGCUCAUCAACGCCACGGUCCGCCUCGACGACGAGUCCCACAUCGGCACGCCGUGCGCCAACGGCAAGCUCCACGAGGGGUCCUGCGAGUGCAACCCCCAGGGCGACGACAACUCCUACGGCGCCGCGAACUCGACGCUGUCCUGGCCCUGCGAGGGCUGGCACUGGACGCCGACGUGGCAGGCGCUGUGGCUCGCGCAGCAGAUGUUCCUCGAUCUGGACGACAUCGACACGACGGGGCUCGUGGACCACAACGUCUUCAUACUGACGGACGGCGCGCCGACAAAUGUCUACAACGAUGACGAUUACGACUACUCGCACGCGGAGAAGAAACGGAAGCGCAUGCGGCCCAUUCAUUUGACGCUGAGCGCGGCGACGGACCUGAAGGACACGAUGAGCGACCUGGGGGGCGGCGACCUCUUCGGCAUCGGCAUCGGGGCGAAGUGGUACGACUUCGGGACGUACUGCGAGCCCUUCUGCGACGAGGGCGGCGGGGGCCUGUUCGCGGGCAACUACGACGACGACGGCGCCUUCUCCGGCACCGUGACGCUCUACGACUUCGACGACUCGGACCUCUACUGCGGCGCGACCUACGAGGAGUACCCCUACGGGUGCGCGGACGGCGACCUGGCGUCGAAGGACCUCGGCUGCGACAAGGACUGCACCAUCGACUACGACGCCAUGAUCUCGGGGCACACGGCGGCGAUCAAGGAGGCGCGCUUCGCGGAGAUGCCCGAGGUGGAAGGGCUGACCAUGGAGGAGUUCCGCAACGACUUCCGCCGCGCCCUCUGCACGAGCGGCGACGACGACGACUACCACCUCGGCGACAUCGACGUCACCGACUUCACGCCGUUCCCGACGGCGGACCCCUACGACCCGACGGCCGCGCCGACGCCGCGCCAGGCCACGCAGAUCAGCAAGCCGACGCCGAGCCCCGAGGUGGCGCCGGUCCCGGCGCCGACGCCGAGCCCGGUCCCCGCGCCGACGCCGAGCCCGGACGCCGCGCCGACGCCCGCGCCGACGCCCGCGCCCGCGCUCGCGCCGGUCCCCGCGCCGACGACGCCCGCGCCGUCCGUGUACUGCGAGGACGACCCGAGCUGGCACGUCGAGGGGAAGCCGGACAAGGACUGCGCCUGGCUCUCGGAGAACGUCGCGAGCCGCUGCGGCGAGGACGACGCGGCGAAGCUCGGCGAGGACGGCACGCGGGGCGACCGGAGCUGCCCCGCGGCCUGCGGGCUGUGCGAGCCCGCGGCGGCGCCGACGGGCGCGCCCGCGUCCGCGCCGACCGCGCCUCCGACGGUCGCCCCGACGCCGCGGCCGACGCCGGCGCCGACGCUCGCGCCGACGAAGCUCCCGACGCUUCCCCCGACGGUCGCGCCCGCGCCCGCGCCGACGCCCGCGCCGACGGUCCCGCCGACGCCCGCGCCGACGCCCGCGACGCCGCCGCCGACGACGGCCGCGCCGACGCCGCGCCCGACGACGGCCGCGCCCGCGCCCGCGCCGACGGCGGCGCCCACGCGGUCGCCGACGCUCGCGCCCACGCGCGCGCCGACGGUCGCGCCCUCGGAGCCGCCGUCCCGAGCCCCCACGACCGUCGUCCCCUCCGCGCCCCCGACGCCGGCGCCGUCCACGGAGGUCUACCGGACGUCGCUCCACUUCUCCGUCGACGCGUGGAUGCACUCCGUCGGCGACGCGGGCUGCACGACUUCGCUCACGGAGGGGUCCGUGGACCUCAACAACAAGCGGACCCUCGACGCGGCGUACGUCGCGGCCGCGCUCGCCGUCGACGGCUCCAGCGUCCGGGUCAACGCGUCCUGCGCGACCUGGCCCGCCGACGGCGCCGGCGUCGUCGACGUCGUCUACUACUACGACGACGGCGCGGCCGCCGCGGGCCUCGCGAACGACGACGCCGCGGACGGGUGCGCGGAGUCGAACGCGACGACGCUCCUCGUCGUCGACAUCGCGGUGACGGCCGACGACUUCCAGGCCAUGUACGACGCCAUGUUCCCCGACGACGACGAGCCCACGUGGGCCUACAUGAGCCAGGACCGCCAGUGGUCCUACCUGGAGGCGUCCAUCGACGACUACCUCGACGGCGUCCUAGACGACGCGCUCGCGGGCACGGGCGACCUCGAAGAGGGCGGCGCCGGCUGCGGCGGCGACGUCGUCUUCAACCCGUCCGCGGCGCCGACGGCGGCGCCCGUCUUCAGCCCGCGGCCGACGUCGUCGCCGUCCGAGACCGCGCCGCCGACGGCGACGGACCUCGUCGUGACCAUCGCCAUCACCAUGACGGGGCAGCUGGUCGACACUUGCGACAGCGACAGCAUCACGAUGCUCGACGGCACGGUCAUCGACGUCGACUGGAUCGAGGAGAACGGCUUCGACAUCAACGACGAAGAGCACGCGGUGACGUCCGUCUGCGGCGGCGACGACUCGCGGCGGCGCCUCGGCGGCCGGCGCCUCGAGGACUCGCGGCGGCGCCUCGGCGACCGGCGCCUCGAGGAGUCGAGCGCGAGCUCCUGCGAUAAUGUGACGAACGCGACGGCCAUGUACUUCUCGCAGCCCACGAACCACGACGACCUGACGAGCUUCGGCUACGACUACCUCGACGACGACGCGCUGCGGUCAUACAACACGUCGGUGCUGUACGACAUGGUCGUCGAGGAGCUCCAGACCAUGAUCGACGACGCGUUCAAAGACGUCAUCCUGUCGAACCUGGCCUUCCUCAAUAUUUCCGUGGACGCGGCUCAGGAGUACUACGCCUCCGCCUCCGCGCGGCGCGCGCGGCGCGCGGAGGAGGCGGACGCCGCCUCGAGCUUCGGCUGCGUCUCGGGCACCACGGGCUUCGUCCAUCCGUCGGCGGCGCCGUCGGCGCCGCCGACGAUCUACGCGUGCGAGGACCGGCCGUCGUGGCACGUCGCGGGCGUGCCCUCGAAGGGCUGCGCGUGGGUCGGAGCGAACGCGGGCAACCGGUGCGGCGAGACGACGACCGACGACGCGGGCGAGACGUCGCUGGCCGCCUGCGCCGCGUCCUGCGGCCUCUGCCCGACGCCCGCGCCCACGGCCGCGCCGUCGGCGCCGCCCUCGGGCCGGCCGACGGCGACGGCGACGUGCCGCGCGCUGCCCGACGCCGCGGCGUCCGCGAACAACCUCGGCGGCGUCGGCCCGGACGACGGCGACGCGGAGGAGCUGGGCGUCGCGGGCCUCUACGAGCUCCAAGGCCGAACCCUGGGCCUCGCCGUCGCCGUCGCGAGCGGCUCCGCCUACGCGCCCGGCGACGCGGCCGACAACGGGGCCGACGGCGACGCGCUCCGCGUCAGCGUCGCCGACGGGACCGACGUCGCGCUGACCUUCACCUUGGCCUACGACGACGGGACCGACGUCGAGCUCCCCGACGGCAUGACCUACGAGGUGACGAUCCGGGACCUCGGCGCGGACGGGCCGACGCGGCGCGCGCGCGUCUGCGUCGACGACGACCAGUACGCGGCCUACGCCGUCGACGCGACCGCGGACCUCGACGUUACGGCGAGCGCCGUCUCCUGCGACGGCGCGCGGGACGUCGGCUCCGUGACGUUCUCCGCGGCGGCGGCGGGCGCCGCGAACGUCACCCUGGAGCUCGCGCGCGCGGCCUUCGAUUUCACGCUCGCGACGGACUGCGACGGCUGCCCGACGACGGCCGGCCGCGCCUUCGCGGUGGGCCUGCCGCAGAAGCUCUGCGACGGCGUCUGCGAGGACGACCCGGACUGGCACGUCGACGGCAAGGCGGAGAAGGGCUGCGCGUGGGUCGCGGAGAAUCCCGCGAGCCGCUGCGACGAGGGCAAGGUCGGCUGGGACGGGGCGUCGUCCGACGACGCGUGCCUCGAGGCUUGCGGGGUUUGUUACACGGCGCCGCCGACGCCGACGGUCGUCACGCCGGCGCCCACGCCCGGCCCCUCGGCGGCGCCGAGCGCCGCGCCGACGGAGAGCGACUGGUGCGACGAGCCGGACCACGUCUGGAAGUCGGGCGAGCACACGACGCUCGCCUACAACAACCUGGGCUACCACGGGCCCAUGUACAACGACUCGCUGCCCGUCAUCCGCGUCACGGACGUCUACGAGUACGGCGGCGUGCCCCUCGACUUCGAGGUGUCCGUCGCGGAGGGCAACUACACGCACGGAAUCGUGCCCGACGACGUCGACGACGACGAGCUGAUCGUCAACGGGCCCCAGGGCGAGACGAUCUUGAUCAACGUCAUGGACGGCACGCAGGUCACGGUGAACUUCCGCCUCUUCGAGGACGGCGACCCGAGCACCACGCCGCACCUCGACGGCAACUUCUACCUCACGGUCUUCGACCUCGACACGCAGUGGGACCCGGCGAAGCAGCGCGAGCGCCUCUGCGUCGACGACGACCAGUACGCGCACUACAUCCUCACGGCGGGGCCCGACGAGAUCAUCGUGACGCACUCGGAGGAGUCGUGCACGGGCACCCGCCGGAGCUCGUCGACGACGUUCACGGCGAACGCGCCGGGCUUCUACUGCGACAACCCGCCGCUGGCCGGCCAGGACGCCGCGGACCAGGACAUCGAGCUGACGCUCGUCACCUGCGACCUCUGCGACCAGUGCGUCAACAAGCCCGAGAAGCUCGAGGGCUUCUUCCCCAUCGACCAGCGGAACCGCAGCGUCAUGUUCCAGUUCACGGACAACAUCAUGGACUUCAACCUGACGCUGGCCGUGGACUGCACGGACUGCACCUACGACAUGGGGCGCUUCUUCAACCUCGGCGGCUACUCGAACAUGUGCCCGACGCUCCCCUCGGCGGCGCCGACGGUGCUGCCCGGGAACCCGAGCCGGUCGCCGGUCGCGGCGCCGACGGCCGAGCCCACGGCGCCGCCGACGGUCGUCCCGGGCCGCCCGACCCGGUCGCCCGUCACGCGGCCGCCGACGGCCGGUCCCACGGCGCCGACGGCGCCGCCGACGGUCGUCCCGGGCAACCCGAGCCGGUCGCCGGUCGCCGCGCCGACGGCCGAGCCCACGGCGCCGCCGACGGUCGUCCCGGGCCGCCCGAGCCGGUCGCCCGUCACGCGGCCGCCGACGGCCGGUCCCACGGCGCCGACGGCCGAGCCCACGGCGCCGCCGACGGUCGUCCCGGGCAACCCGAGCCGGUCGCCCGUCACGCGGCCGCCGAGCCAAUCGCCCAGCGCCGCGCCGACGACGGCCGGUCCCACGGCGCCGACGGCCGAGCCCACGGCGCCCCCGACGACGUUCACGCGCGCGCCGACGGUCCGCCCGACCGUGGACCUGUGCUACCCGCCGGACACGACCUAUACCGUCUCGAGCACGGUGACCGUGUCGAGCAACAACCUCGGCGGCCAGGGCCCCCUCGACGGCGAGCCCGUCAUCCGCGUGGACGACCUCAUGGACUUCGACGGCCGCGUCGCCGACAUGCUCGUCACCGUCGCCGAGGGCUCGUCCUACCAGGCGGGCGACUCGGGCGAGAACGGCGCCUCCUCCGGCACCGUCGCCGUGUCCGUGCUCGACGACACGAACGUCACCCUGAACUUCGGCCUCUACUACCAGGACGACGGCGCCCGCGUCGACGCCGCGGACCUCGUCGACGGCUUCUACCUCAGCGUCCUCGACAUCGACCACCAGAAGACGCGCGAGAAGCAGGACGAGCGCGUCUGCGUCGACGAUGACCAGUACUCGGCGUACGUCGCCGGCGACGACAUCAUCGUCAUCAAGUCGGACACGUCCUGCGUCGGCGACCGCGGAGUCGGGUCGACGUACUUCAUCGCGGGCAACGUGGGCUUCGCGUGCGACAACCCGGAGGACGUGCCAUACUUCACCGAGAUCACCUGCGACGACUGCGACCAGUGCGCGGAGAAGGAGGACGGCUCGCUGGAAAAGUACUUCCCCAUCGACCAGGCGGCGCGCGCGAUUUUAUUCGCCGUGACGCCUGGCGUCGCGAAUAUGAACAUCACGGUCGCCGUGGCCUGCACGACCUGCGUCUUCGACGGCGGCCGCAGCGUGCUCUUCGGCGGCUGGAUCGACAUCUGCGACGACCCGACGCCGCGGCCGAGCCUGACGGCGUCGCCGACGAAGACGCGCGCCCCGGCCGCGACGCCGACGACGCCGCGGCCGAGCCUGACGGCGUCGCCGACGACGACGCGCGCCCCGACCGCGACGCCGACGACGCCGCGGCCGAGCCUGACGGCGUCGCCGACGAAGACGCGCGCCCCGGCCGCGACGCCGACGACGGCGGACCCGUCGGCGUCGCCGUCGGGGCCGACGUACGCGCCGACGGUCGCCGGCGACUGGGAGUUCGCGCCGUCGCGCGUUCCGCGGCCCGCGCCGUCGGCGUCGCCGACGUCGACACCGUCGACCUCGACGACGAGCCCCACGGCGCCGUCGGCCAUGCCCACGGUCUACCCCGGCGACCCGACGCGCGCGCCUAUUCCCCGGCCGACGGCCGCGCCGUCCGCGGGCCCGUCCGCGGCGCCGUCGCCGUCGCCGUCGCCGGCGCCGUCCACGGCGACGCCCUCGACGGCCGCGCCGUCCACGUCGAAGCCGACCUACGCCCCGACGGCGCUCCCGGGCAACCCGACGCGCGCGCCCGCGGCGGCGCCGACGGACGCGCCGAGCCUCGCGCCGUCGACGGCCGCGCCGAGCGCCGCGCCGACCGCGCUCCCGGGCAACCCGACGCGCGCGCCCGCGCCGCGGCCCAGCGCGGCGCCGACGACGGCCGCGCCGUCCGCGGCGCCGACGGAGACGCCCGUCGAGUACGCCGUCGUCAUCGACUACCCCAUCGGCUCCGGCAGCAUCUCCUCCUGCGGCAAGUCGAUCGAGCUCGACGACGGCACGAAGAUCAACAAAAAGUUCUUCGCGGAGUCCCUGGGCGUGGACACCGAUGCCGUCACGGUCGAGGCGAACUGCGACGACGGCCGGCGGCGGCGGCUCCUAACGGCGAACGCGACGAACGCGACGGCCGCGCCGAGCCCGGAGAGUUGCAGCGACGUCGUCGCGAACAUCAGCAUGCUCGACAACGAGGUCGACGCGCUCGCGGGGAGCCGGCGGCGGCGGCUCGCGACGACGUACGCCAACAUCUCCACCACGAUCAUGGAAGCGGUCGUCUCCCACUACAACGGGACCGCCGCGGUCACUGAGGCCUGCGGCGGCGUGGGGGUCGACGUCGCCGUCGUCUACUACCCGACGCCCGCGCCGACGUCCGCCGCGCCGUCGCCAGGGACGCCGAGCCCGACGCGGGAGCCCUACGACGACGACGAGAUCCGCGUGGCCAGUUUGGGGUCCUUUGGGUCGACGUGCUGGCUCCUCGUCAUCGCGUUGACCGUCGUGUUCUGGCCCGUCAUCCCGCUCGGCGCCGUGCGGCCGCGGACGCCCGAGCGCCCCGAGUGCCUGGCGAAGGGCGGCUUCUGCGUCCCGUCGUUCGAGCGGUGCCGCGCGAGCCUGGGCGUGCGCUUCGCGCCGCUGACGCCCCGCUGCGUCGCCGUCCUCGCGCUCGGGAUCCUCGACGCGAACUUCGACGCGGGCUUCUGCUGCGAGACGUACCGUGGCGCGGUGCCCUUUUUCGUCGCCGCCGCCGCGGUCCACGUCGUCCGCAUGGCCGCGGCGCCCUACGUGCUCUGCCACGGCUACGACGACCCGCGGCUCAAGGGGCCCAGGAUGCCCGGCGAGAGCCGCUGGCGCCUCGCGGUCCUCGCCUUCGUGUGCUGGACGCACAAGUUGGACGCGACCCGCCUGCUCCGGUCCGACGCGCGCCGCGCGCACCCCGACCUGGACUACACGGCGUCCAUGCCGUCCCUCGACGCGACGACCGUGCUCUGCCAGGCCAUCAUCAAAUUCUGCUACGUCGCGAAGAAGGGGCGGCUGCCCGCGAUCGUCUUCUGCGGCUUGAUGUGCAACGUGUGCGUCUUCGCCGAGUACCUGAGCCGCUGCUACUUCGCGGCCGCGGAGCAGGAGUGCGAGGAGCCCAAGGAGAGCUGGGCCGACCUCUUCCAGGACGAGGCCAAGGACGUCGAGGUCGAGGAGGACGAGGCCUACCGGGACGUCGACCUCAACGACGCGACGAAGUUCUCGGUCCUCCAGAUCACCCAGGUCUAG